AUGGCCCUAGUGACCUUCAAACAAGGGCGCGCUUUUUGUCUGGCGGCCUUGAAGGGAAUGCCCGUCCGACGAAGUCAGCUUGGUGGGUCCAUUCAUCUAAACCUUGCACGCUCUCUGGUGAAUUCCGAUGACUUUUCGACAGUUAAAAAGCUUCUCAGGCUGUGCCCAACACAUGAGCCACAUGCUGGGUUUUGCCUGGAAGGCUCGAGUCAGUGUGCAAUACUCAGCCUGGGGAUUUUUUUAGUAGAGUCCAACGGAAAGCUUCUAGGACUUCCACAGUCUGAAUGCUUCAGUUUCUGUCUUUCGAGCUUGCUGACGCAGGUUGCUUUGUUGGAUCCCUCAAGAUCGGAUUUGAUAAUCUCAACGUUGUUAGAUUCUGCGAGCAGUUUGUUGGAACAAAUAGACGAUGUUUGCCAACAGUUUGGUGAUCGCGGCACGGCCUUUUCUGCGUUUUUGCGUCAGCCGCGUGCACGACACAACACAAUGCAAUACAAUCCUGACGUCACCAAAGGUUCCGCGCAGUUGGCGUCCAUCGAGCGUGUUUGUCUUUUUCUCGCGCCUUCGCUCAUGGGCCUCUUACGUGGUAUGGCUCGUGGAAUACGCCCACAUUCGUUUCAUCCUCGUAUCUCCGGUUCUUCGGUACCACCUAGCGUGGUUUCUGGCCUGUAUCCUUAUCGAUACGCUAAUAAGAAACAUUCCAGUGACCACCCCGGUGCCUUUUGCUCGGAUACUAAUAAUCAAACUGACCAGGAGUUCACCUUAUCAGUUUUCCCUCAAUUCCAGUCCAUCAUCCCUCACUCCCUCGCUCAUUCGCUCAUGCUCACUUCAAAAGACGAUGUCAAUGAGAGCUUUAAUGUAUCUAAUAUCAGUGCCAGCCCUUUCGGCAACGUUCCCGUUCCCUCGUCAGCGUCAACCGCCAAAGUUGAGUGGUCCGUGUGGAACUCUGCCUGGUUGGAUCCUGGUGGAAGUGAAUACCUCUUCGGUCAGGUGGCAUCCGUCUAUGCCAGUCGUUUGCCUCAUCGAGCAGUUCUGUGCGAGGAUUACCUCAGUAGUUGCUUGACCGCUCCACAACUGGUAUCACUGAGCCGUUCUAGUCAACUGAUCGGUGCCAGCGACCUGGCAUUUUUACCCUUCAACAGUAACCAAAUUCGCUCCUUACUGAAACUGUCUAGUCAGUUGAUGAGUGACCGGUCAAUGAAACGUCUGGAUGCUGCAGCCACCGCGUUUUGGCCAUGUCGGCCGAAGAAUGGACGGUAUCCGUAUCGGUCUCUCGCACAUUGUCUCAGGCUCUGUUGGCUUUUGCUUAUCCGCGAUUUGCUACACAAUCCUGAUCGUGCAGAUGUCGGGGAGAAAGUACUGAACAGCGUACAAGGACUAAUCCUAGAGGUCUAUAGUACUUGUAUAAGUGAAUUACCACGGUUGUCAGCUGAGGCUGCUGGCGUUCCUACUUCGACGGUUGAGGCCCCAGCCAGCGGUGGGAGGCGUAUUUCUCUUGUUAACUCAGCAAACACGCUCUCUGCGUCGUUACGGCGAGCAGGUCGUCCGCGUUUUAGCAAUCCAACCGAUGAGGAUGAAGAACUGGAUCAGGCAGACCGCAAGGAUCACUCCCUUGUAAAUCACCGCCAGUCACCGAACCCCGAACAAGAACUGAAUGGCUUGGUAAAUGGCCAGCUGUCCGAUAAGAACAAUGACAACGGCUUGUUAAACGUGCGCAAGAAAUCAGUUCCUCCGCGUUUUUACUCCCGGUCGGAUUCAGAGGACCCUACAUUGAAGUCCAUGACCAUUCAGGUUGACAGUCCCAGCAAUAUGGAUACCAGUUUGCCGUCUACUGUUAAGAGCGAUAGCCGAACGGAGCGCACAGCGCCAGCGCUGUUCGCUUUCGAUCUCGUAACUGCUUCGACAGCUGUCUGUGUACAGAUUCUCACACAGGUGGUCACCGAUAUGGCAGACUCUGAAAGUCUGCUUACCCGUUUGUUGGAGCGCGUAGCCACAGGCAUUGAUUUACGGACAAUGUUGCAUUCAGAGCCAAAUUUGGACCAAACUCCCCUUCUGUUCACUUCUGGUGGCGGUCAGUCCGUUGCUGCUGCAACGGCUCGUGGCAUGCAACAUUUUAUCCGUGGACAACUAAAUGUUAUCCAUCGUCAGUUUUCCACUCAGCCCUCCUCGACCGCCGCUGUUAAGACUACCAUAUCCAAUCACAUUGCUGGUAAACACGGCACUCGACCUAGCCGUAGCCAUCUGGUGUGUAGCGCAGGGUUGUUGGUCGUCGUGUUGGAUUGUGCUGGACAAUUACCACAACGGUUUCCACAUCUGGCAAAGGCUACUUUGGAUUCGCUCAGUGAUUUUUUGUUGGAACCCUCUACAACCCUGAGUCGUUUGAACCGACAGCUACGUCGACUGGAGAACGCCCAACAAGAGAUGUUCAAUACGCUUUCUAGUCGAAAAGCCCUUGCGACCGACCCCUAUCUGUACGGGCAAUCGGCUGAAGUGAUUGAGUUGGCUCGUAUAGAAAGACAUAUAACUUAUUAUCGCCGAAUUUUGGAUCACCUUCGGGGUGCUGCGAUACAAAGCGUUUGUCGCGUACUUUUGGUCAAAACAGAUUUGGUGGAAACGUUCCUGGCUGAUCUCUCCCGCCGCAUAUUCAAUGCAGCCGAAGGUGGAAGGGAUACAAAUUUGAUGUACUUGAACACGGUCUACUGUCUCGGUCACAUUGGGGUCGAACUUGCCCAGGUUGCGCAGACUCAACAACUGGUCUUUCAAUUUCUUCAACAAAAUCUCACUCCGUCUCGACUACUUCCUGAAUUAGAAGUGGUCACCCUAGAGCAGCUGGGUUGUAUGGUGAUCGCUGGAUGUCCCUCUGUACACGAACAAAUAAUGGAUCUACUCACAGCGGCAAGUUUUCGCGGUGCUCGAGAAGCAGUGUCAAACGGGAAUGUGAGCGAAUCCCGAUCGUGGCAUCUGUCCAAAGCGGUUAUCAACGUCUUUGCUAACCUGGCCGCCUUUUUACAAGGUGCGCCAAAACUCUAUCGAUUUUUGAGCCGGUUGUUUGAACAGUAUGUGCGGUUAGAUGUUGAAGAGGAAUCAAAAAAUGCUGUUAUGACGUCGACUACUCACAGCCUCGGGCAGCUGAUUCCGGUGAUCGCUAUUUUACUCCGACGACUACCUCCCAUCCGAACUCCUAACCAGAAGUUACACACACUUUUUCGUGACUUUUGGCUCUACGUUACCGUCAUGGGAUUUACGGAGCCUAAUUCCGCUGUAUGGCCGCAGACUUACUAUCGGAGCAUUUGCGAAAUCGCGACCAAAUCACCAGUACUGUUGUCCCGUGAAUCACUGCGCACGGAAUUACAACACAGUUUCGCCCUGAGCCAGAAGAACUUAUCUCAAACUGACGUCACCGAAAUGAGGAACAAAUUGUGCCUACUUCUGGGUAACAAUGCUGAAGCGACCUCGUUGAUUCAUCGUAUGACUGUGACGCAAUGUGUCUACCUAAUGGCUGUCUACCGUUUGGAAUCAUUGUGUGUCACUCACUCCAAUGAUCCUGAGGCUCUCCAUCGGAUUUUCAUGUACCUAGAGGACAGUAUCAUCAUUCGUGAUAAGUUUGGCAUGUGGACCUGCAUCACACAAGUCGCAGUUCAGGUUUUCAACAAAUACUUGGCCAGAAUGAAAGCAAUGCCUUUAGGGAGCGAACGUGAGACGAUCAUGGACAUGCAUGCGCAGUUCCUAUUGGUCAAAUUCCUGCACGUUCAGAAAGGUUUGCGAAUCGUCGCCGAUGAAUUUCUGAGCAUGCUGGCUAAAGACUUCCCUCACGUUAUGUGGAGCGGACGUGUCCUGUUCACUAUGCUUGAUGUGACUCAGUUGUUAUCUCAAUCGCUGGAAGUGGAUCCCAAUGAAGUGGCCCCGGUUUACACUGUUCCUGGAACCGACUUGGUGCUGGUCACUGCAGACACACUGCAAGAUCGAGAGGACAUGUUGGGCGAUUUCGUCAAGCGUUGCAAGGGUAUUAUCGAAGUCGGACUGCAGUGGGCUCCCAGUCUGGUUCGCUCCCACUUGGCCAACUACAUGCUCCAACUACAACAUUCUCCAUUUGGCCUAUUUCAACACACUGGUCUAGCGUUGGCAACGGAGUCGGUGUUAAAUUACGCUGGGUUUAAUCGCACUGCCUCGUUUCUCAGUCCAACAACGUUAGACAAACGUCCAAGCUGUGCCAAACUGGAUUCAUCCAAUUUCAUGUUCAACCUGAUUUUGCGCAGCCGGUAUCAUGGCGAGGCUUCCGGAAUGUUUCGUUCAUAUGAUGAUCCAGUCAAACUGGUCAAUAGGCUCAUUCGUGACUUGGAUUGUGCUUGCACUCUGGCAUCCCGUUCAGUCAGAACUACCGAAGCAGAGACUGAUAUUCAAACAUUGGUGUUAGCUGUCAGAUCGGUUGAAUCUGAAAGUUUAAGGAAGUCUCAUUUCGAUGAAAGUAACAUGUUCGGUGCUGUUCAGGCCUGCUUGUUCCGAAUGACUUCCCUAUUGGUCAUGCGAACAUCGAACAUAGCCAGCGAUGCAGGUCAACAGCUUGUGCACAUUGACUCCACGGACCCCGAUGAGGACACAGACUUAACUCAAGUGGAGUCUGCAGAUGAUGAAGCUGGAGAGAAGCAACCUGUUCGAGCCAUUCGUCGAAAGCUGCGCCGACGAAGAUUUACAAUGCGGACUGAUGAUACCGGGAAAAUACAAGUGGAGGUUUAUCCUGUUACCAGAACAAGUCCCACCGAUAAGUCUCCAUCUACUGGCGCUUCGAUUGAGGAGCUACACGACGAUAGCUUUCUCAUGCAAGGAGAUUGUGCCAGGCGACUGUUGCGAGAAAUAUGUCAUGCACCUCUCCGUCUUUUCCGAACUGAGGUGGUUGAGAGCUGUUUGGCCUGUUGGCAGUGGCUCGUUGUGGGCCGUCCAAGUCUGACGAUUCAGUUCUUGAAUGAGCUCAGUGAUGCUUGGCAAGAAAGCAUACAUCGUGGUCUUGGUGUGUUCGCUCCCGAUAAUUUUGACGAUGGUGAAGUUGGACCUUUGGUCGUAUCAGACGAGAUACAGUGUAAACCACCCAGCUGCAACGCAGGUCCACAUCAACUUUGGUCGCAGUUUUUAAGCGAGCGUCUGUACGUCGCACAGUCCUCGAGCCAGGAGCAACUGGACAUCUUUUUCGACCUGCUGCAGAAAACACUGGCUGGAGAAAUCGGCCCACUCGAGCGAUGUGUACGUCCUUUUCCAGAUUCUUCCGAAUGUGACGGCACAAUAUCCUGCUGUUUUGCACCCUGCACAAGCAAUCAAUGUGCUCCAUCGUAUGGUCGGCUCACGCGUUGCAUUUCUGCCCUUGGUGUUCGUUGUCGACUGGCAGAAAUGAGCCUAAAUCUCCUACAAAACACCGGUUUCCGUCCACCUCCUCUUGCCCACGGGAGUAGCGCCAUCGGUGAAGAAGUUACCAGUGCUGUUGGUGGGGGUGGCAGUAGUGCUGCCAGUUUGGUGAGCGGAGCUGGUGGGACAGUGGGUAGAACCACAACCGCCGGUGGUGCUCCUGGUGGCAGUAGUGGUAGUCAGGCCUCGGUGGACCACAGCCAGAUGUUUCUUCUCAGUCGCAUCGCUCUUCGAGAAAAAGCAUACGCUACCAUCUUGAACUAUUUUGCAGUGAAGCCUCAAUACCCAAAUCACAAGGGUGCAGAUUUGUCUGACGAUCUGAAGGCACUGUCACGUGUUUGGUCUCUGAUGCAGGCAGAGAAGAAAUAUUUGGGAGCUUCAAUCGUUGGUGGAGAGAUGGAGUCUUUGUUUGAAGCUGCUGGCCACAAUAUAUCCGGAUUUGCCACCGCGCCCUCCUAUUCUGAUAUGUUAAUCAAUCCUACUGGGACCCAGUCCUCAGAGGUGAUUGGAAUACAGUUUCUCCCGAUGUCACCGUCGACGGCGAAUGCGUUGGGAAGCUCUGGUUCUCCCCAGGGAUUUGCAUCCAGCUCUUCUCCAGGUAUACCUCGUGUCAAUUCACAGGCCACGAAUGAACAUUUGUACAACACCGCGCCGAUUUUGGGUGGCACUCUACCACGCUUACGCUCUCAAAUUAUGCUACAGUCUGGGCAGAUGCUGGAGCGACCAGGUGUUGGGUCCCUAAUCUUGCCAUCCACUUUCUAUACGGGAAAUGCGAUGGGUCCUCCUGGCGCUCCUGUUCCAAACGUGCCUCAUUCUGUUGUAUCCAAGAGGUCUUCUGCCACAGGAAAACACAGCGGGCAUGCACACAUGAGCGAAGGUAUUCUGAAACAAAUAUACAUGCGAAAGAGAGAGCUAAUUUUGUUGCUGUUGGCUUCGGAGAUAGAAAGGAUUUCCGUUUGGUUCAACCCGCUGGGAGACACCGCACUUAUUUCUCCCAAAGAAACUGAAGCUGAGCAAUGGUUGCGUGACACCUUGUUACGGGAGAAGAACUGGCGCCGUUGGGUGACAUUGGCGUGGGAACUGUGUCCAUGUGUUGCUGUUUAUCUGGCUCAGAGGUUCAGGGCUUCGGACAGUUUACGUCGCGAAAUAUCCUUGUUAGUCACCAGCCACCCACAACUAGUGUCGCAUAUCCCACAUGCCCUCCAUUAUCUGGCAACAUCAGCUAACAUUGAAGCAGACACACCUGAGUUAAUGCAUGUUCUCACCUGGGCAACGACGGCACCCAUUGUCGCCUUGUCUUUCUUCUCGCGAAUGUUUCCUCAACAUCCAUUGACCCAUCAAUACGCAGUUCGAGUUUUGGCCAACUACCCUUCGGAAACCAUGCUGUUCUACGUGCCUCAGCUGGUUCAAGGUGUCCGAUACGACAAACUUGGCUAUCUUACCGAGUCUAUAUUGACUUCGGCCAAACGAUCACCUUUACUGGCCCAUCAGCUGUUGUGGAAUAUGAAUACUAAUAUCUAUCGCGACGAAGAAGGGACCAAGUUGGACCCAGACAUUGGGACACACUUGAUCGCGAUACGUGAAACCAUACUUCGCAAUUUCAGUGGUCCUUCGCUUGCAUUCUACAAACGGGAAUUUGAAUUCUUCGACCGCAUAACGGGAGUAUCCGGAAUUAUCAGAAACUUUCCAAAAGGACCAGCUCGGAAAAAGGCUUGCUUGGAAGCACUACGCGAGAUAGUCGUUCAACCUGGUUGUUAUUUGCCAUCUAAUCCGGAUGCGAUUGUAUUGGAGAUAGAUUACCAGUCCGGAACUCCGUUACAGUCAGCCGCGAAAGCACCAUUUCUGGCCAAAUUUAAGGUGCGUCGUGUUGGUGUGCGCAACCUGGAAACCGAAGCUAUUGCUGCAGCUACCAACCAGAAUACACAGUCCUUGGGCCAACGGCGGGACUCUUUAGGCAACGAAAAACCUUGUCCUCACAUGGGUACCAAAUUUCGUCGCCGCAAUAGUUUGCAAACUCGCAAACCAAGCCCAUCUGCGUACCCAGUACCCGUUAAACCCAGUACCCUCGGAUCCCGUCCGCGGUCGCGGCAACCGUUGACAGCCCAAUCCUCGAGACGUCCGUCCUUAACCGAUAAGCAACUCGCUGGAAGUUCAGGUAGCCAAAUGCAGGCCUGCAUAUUCAAAGACAUUUUGGCUUUGCAAGUUCUUCAACUGUUCAAAAACAUUUUCAAAAGGUGUGGCCUGGAGCUUUUCGUCUAUCCGUACAAAGUGGUGGCGACCGCUCCGGGACGUGGAGUUAUUGAAUGUGUGCCUGAUAGCAAGUCUCGCGAUCAAAUUGGCCGACAAACUGACAGUGGCAUGUACGACUACUUCUUGAGCACCUUCGGAAGCGAAACAACCCCGUCCUUCCAGCUGGCGCGUCGAAAUUUCAUCAUGAGCAUGGCUGCCUACAGUGUAUUUUGUUAUUUACUCCAAGUCAAAGAUCGUCACAACGGAAACAUCAUGCUUGACAAGCAUGGCCACCUGAUCCAUAUAGAUUUCGGUUUUAUGUUCGAAAGUAGCCCGGGCGGAAACUUCGGUUGGGAACCAGACAUCAAACUCAGCAAGGAAAUGUGGAUGAUCAUGGGCGGAAGGUUGGAAAGCCCUCCCUAUCGGUGGUUCGAAUCCCUUUCCGUCCAAGCCUACUUGGCUGUGAGACCUUACCAAGAGGCCAUAGUUACCCUGGUUUCACUGAUGCUGGACACGGGGCUGCCUUGUUUCCGAGGUCAGACGAUAAAAUUGCUUCGACAACGUUUCGCGCCGGAAAUGACCGAUCGUGAAGCGGCCGCCAGCUAUAGACGUGUGUUGCGAACAUGCCUAGCGCAUUGGCGCGGAAAAUCAUACGAUGUGAUCCAAUACAUGCAGAAUCAAAUUCCGUACUAACCGGAUGUGGCUCUUAUGCCGCUGUUUAUGGUGUAUGAUUCUGAGCGUCUCUGUACCUUACAUGACCCCAUCGGGUUGCACCCUCACCUCAAAUUUCUAGAUUCACAUUACAUUUGACUAGCUGCACUUGCACACUUUCCUCUGUACCGCUGCAAUCGUAAAGCGGAGGUGGUUACGUGUGAUCUCUCAUGAAUUGAGCCAGGGAUGCGUGAUCCAAAUGUUGUUUCCCUUGUUCAAGUUUUUUUCUAUCUGUACACAUUGCUUCUAUUUUUCUACAGCCACGAUAGUCCGAGCGCCAGAGCCCGAUAUUGUAGUUUUUCAGUUUUGGGCGAUGGCUACCCCUCCCUCCCUCCAUUUAACACCCACCGGUUAUUAGCUAAGCCUCACGUUACCGAUCUGAUGGUGGUUACCUCUCUACUCCCGCCCCGCCAGUCUUAGUGGUAGCUAGAUUUCGGUUCGCCUACUACCAAAACCCAUCCCAGCGACCACAUAUCUACGGUAAAUCCAUUCCAGUCCGCUUUUCACUGCCGGACUAUUUACUUACCUCGCGUUCUGACAGAGCACUUUUUCCUGCCUCCUUUAUCUCUUUUUUUCGCACACACACACAUACAAAUACCCAUACAUUCGGACGUGAGCCAUUGGUGUUCGGGUCUAGUAGACACCGAUAUAUCUGUGAUGUUCCUGUCAAAUACCCAACAUUCGGACGUGAGCCAUUGGUGUUCGGGUCUAGUAGACACCGAUAUAUCUGUGAUGUUCCUGUGGUAACUUAGCAACAGCUUUAUUCUCAAAACAACGCACACGUCCGUUCACCCUCACACACACAUGCUAUGUACGUACACCACCCUCUUGUACUUGCACAUUCGUACUAAUUACGAACUGAUCAUCACUAUCCGUAUUGUUAUCUUGCCCAUUGCCCGUGUUUUGUUUCACUCUUGCUGAUCGAAC